CUCAGAGACUGAGAGAGAGGAGUGGCGGAUGAGAUGAGACAUGGCUGUUUCGUGUCUAUCUCUGUUUCUCUCUCCACCGUCGUCGCCGCCGCUGCUGCCACCACUUAAACCGCUUCAAUCGCUCACCGUCUACAGCUCUCGUAUCUCACCUCUCUUCCCUGUAACUUCACCAUCCAAACUUUCCUCCAAGAAGAUUUCCCAUUCUCGCCGGAAUGGAGGGAGAAUCUCUGCUUUCUCGGAGAAUUUUCUGCUCUCAGAAGCAGACGCGGUCCUGAAUUCCCCGGAAAUAGCUUCGACGGCCGAUGGCGGAACGUCAUCCGUCAUAUCAACACUGCUUUUGAUUGCUUUCGUCGGCUUAUCCGUUCUCACUGCCGGGGUUGUCUACAUAUCUGUGACAGAUUACUUGCAGAAGAGGGAGAGUGACAAGUUUGAAAAGGAAGAGGCAGCUAAGAAGAAGAAGAAGAGUGGGAAAAAGGGGAAGAUUGUAAGUAGAGCUAGAGCUGGACCAAGAGGCUUUGGGCAAAAGAUUGUUGAAGAAGAUGAUGAUUGAUGUUAUCAAAUUGCAACCUUUUUACAUAUGUUUAUUCUUCUCUUUGGGCACUAUUUUCCAAUGUUCAUUCCAAUUCAAUUCGGUUAAUGAAAAUGGAAAUUAUUAUAUGGACUC